GGCACCUCUAGCAGCAGGGCCUAUAAGUAUGUCUUCUAUUCACCAAACAAGGCAAUCCCUGAAAACAAGAAAAAAUGAGCAACCAUAAAGGUCAUGUUUGCUUCCAUGGGCUCUUGAUGUGGCCAGGCAAUUUGGCAUUUAUGGAGCAGUAUUCUUGACAAACUCAGCUUCUGUGUGCUCCAUGUACUGGCGUAUUGAUCAUGGUCAGCUGACUUUGCCAGUGAAGCAAGAUACUGAGCCUGUGUUUUUUCCUGGACUACCUUCACUUGGCCUUUCUGACUUGCCUAGUUUUCUUGCUCAGCCUUCAAGUGAUUCUGCUUAUUUGGCAGUGAUCAUGGAAAACUUUGGCUGUUUGGAUAAAAAUGAUUGGGUAUUCUGUAACAGUUCUGAAGAGUUGGAAAGUGAAGCCAUUUUCUUAUAUUUCAUCCACAGAGCUUUAUGUUUAACUAGACUACUCACCAUGCUAGUAAAGGCCAUGUCAGGACUAUGGCCCUUGGUGAUGGUUGGUCCGAUGGUGCCAUCAGCCUACCUAGAUCAGCAGAUCAAUGGAGACAUAGCUUAUGGCGCCAGUCUCUGGGAGCUUAGUAGUGACCAGUGCUUGAGCUGGCUAGAGACAAAACCACCAAAGUCAGUGAUAUAUGUAUCAUUUGGAAGCAUGGCAGAUAUAACAGCAAAACAGGCUGAAGAAAUUGCAUGUGGUUUGAUAGCAAGCAAUAUUUAUUUCUUAUUGGUUGCAAAAGAUUCCAUCAACAAGUUGUUAAUCGAAUUUAUUAAUUCAGCAGAAGAAAGAGGGUUAGUUGUACCAUGGUGCAAUCAACUAGAGGUGCUAGCACAUCAGGUUGUGGCUUGCUUUGUUACACAUUGUGGCUGGAACUCAACAUUGGAGGCCUUGAGCCUAGGGGUGCCAAUGGUAGCAAUGCCACAGUGGAGUGAUCAGCCUACUAAUGCUAAGUUUGUGGAGGAGUUGUGGCAGGUGGGAGUAAAGGCUAAGAAGAACAAAGAGGGGCUUGUAACAAGGGAUGAGCUAGAGAUGUGUAUAAAAGAAGUUACAGUUGGAGAAAGAAGUGAAGAGAUUGUAAAGAAUGCAACUUUAAUGGAGAAAGCUUGUAAUAGAGCUGUUAGUAUAGGUGGAAGCUCAGAUAAGAACAUUAAUGAAUUUGUAGGCAAGUUGAUGAGAGGAGACGGAAAGAAAGCUUGAUUUUGGAUGGUUACUUGAUCAACAAAAUUAACUCCUUUGGAUGAUGAUAUUUGUGAUCAAUAGCAGGAAAGAGACUUGAAAUCUGAAAAGGCUAGACCAUUUUCAGGAUUUUUUUCAAUCUUUCAAUGUUAAAUAAGAAUAAUAACAAGUAUUCAAUAAGAACUCAGGGCUACGCAUUGAAAUCU